CAGCAAUAGAACAUCCACAAUCUGCUCGGCGGCAUCUAAUGCGCUUCGGGGCUGUUGCUCUCGGCGCCUUCUCGUGUCCAGCAUUCCUCAUAUCUUCCCCGCAUUCUCUAAAUUAUGCUUUAGUCUCUUCGGGGAGUGGACACAAGCUGCGAGCUUAAAACCCUCCAGGGCGCGCUGCGAUGCGACCCGUUUGUUGUUCAAGCAUGAGUAUCCGGCAGAAUGGCCGACAAGAAGAUUGAUGUCGAUUGCAUCGAGCAUGUUGAUCAGGUGCUGGUGGAUGAGGCUGGUCGCAUUCAGCGUCUGCCGGUGCCCAGCGACGAUCCCAAUGACCCCUUGAACUUUGCACUGUGGGAGAAGACAGGCAUCGUGGUGUGCUGUUGUUGGUUUUCUAUUAUGUCACUCUCGGUCAUUGGUGGGCUGGGCUCUGUUCUGGAUGUUUUCUUUCAGAUGUACGGCGCAGAAGGUCACAGCACCAACCAGGUUGUCUGGCUCUCGACCUUCCCCUCACUAUUUGUUGGAAUUGGGAACUACAUCAUCCUGCCGUUAGCCCUUGUCUGCGGACGUCGACCGGUGAUGCUCAUCGCCAACACCGUUCUGCUGGGGUCGUUGAUUGGCUGUGCCUUGUCACAGAACUGGGCCCAGCAUUUUGGGCUACGCAUCCUUUUGGGAUUCGCUACAGGAGCGACGGAAUCGCUUCUCCCUCUGAUGUUGGCAGAGGUAACCUUCAUUCACCAGCGCGGCACCAUCUAUGGCAUCUACUGGGCCACUCAGAACAUCGUGACGAGCCUACUGACGCUGGCUAGCUCAUAUGAAGUAGCUGCGCUAGGCUGGCGCUGGUUCUACUGGGUGUUCGUUAUAACCGUCGCCGUCGGACUGGUGCUGGUGGUGUUUGCCUGCUUUGAGACGCGGUUCCAGCGUCGGCCAAUCUUCGUGGGCGACCACGCCGUCGUCACCGAUCAAUAUGGAGUGACCCGAGUCCUGACUGCCCCAGAAACCCAAGAAUAUCUCGCUAGUGAAGAGGGUCGCUCCUACGCCGACCUCGCCGGUGACACGCCUCCCAAGAAGACCUACCGCCAGAUGCUCAGCGCUUGGCCACGCCUCUGCCCUCAUCCCCUGCGCGACGUCCUGCUCACCUGGUGGCAGAUGCUCGAGACCUUCAGCUCGCCCGGCAUCAUCUAUGCCACACUCCUCUCUGCUGUCAUCCUAGGCGGGUCCGUCGGUGUCUCUCUCACCUAUGACACGGUCUUGCAGUACAACUACGGCUGGGGUGCCGCCAGCAUUGGCCUUAUCAACUUAGGCGGCGUCUUUGGCGGGCUGGGCGGCAUGCUCUACGCGGGGAUUCUGGGCGACCGUGUCAUUGUUUGGUUGGCCCGACGCGCCGGGGGUGUUCAUAAACCCGAACAUCAUCUCCUCUUAUUGAUUUUCCCAGGGCUGUUGGCAGUAGCCUCGCUGCUAUUAUAUGGAUUCACCGCCAGCGGCGAUGCCACUUGGGGCGGGCCUUUCAUGGGCUGGACGCUCUAUCAGGUAGCCUUCGUUUCGACCCUCAUCCGCACGACAUCGUUUGCCACGGAGGCAUGGGAGAAGAAUCCUGGUCCGGCGCUGGUGACGGUCGUGGGGACGAAGAACAUCAUAGGGUUUGGGGUCAGCUAUGGUUUGAACCCCAUGGUGGCCAAGUAUAGUUAUCCGGCAGCCAUGGGAAUUCUGGCGGGGGUGGUGGGUGGAGUUCUGCUGUUGGGGGUUCCCGUCUACUUCUACAAUCCAAUGUGGAGACGGUAUAUCAGCCAGCAACGAACACGCGACCGGGGACAAUCUGGAGGACCGUAA